ACAGCCACCGCUUUGCAAACGCACAACAGGGCAAAGAAGCUUCACAUCCAGGCCGCAGCUCGUCGGCCACGGAGGACGGACUUCAGCCAUCCCACACGGGAACUAAUUCAGCUCGGGUUCCCUUGGCUUUACGCUUCUUGUCGUCACAUGCUCGCAGUGUCCAGGUAUCUUGGCUUAAGCGCUGUGCCCCCCCCCCUCCCCCCACCCGUCUCUGGAUGCCUGUCAGUCAGGUGCGUCUUAGUGCUCCGGUAUUAGCCCACAGUGGGAGAGCUUGACGGCAGCACCAGACAUGAGCGUUACCACGGAGGAGAGGGGCAGGCCCAACACCAAGGAGUACCGGGUGUAUUUCAAAAACUCAGAGGGCAAAUACAUCUCUCCGUUCCAUGACAUACCCAUCUACGCAAAUGAAGCCGAGAAUAUCUUUCAUGCAGUUGUGGAGGUUCCAAGAUGGACAAAUGCAAAGAUGGAGAUUGCCACCAAAGAUCCUCUCAAUCCGCUGAAACAAGAUAUGAAGAAGGGGAACCUCCGUUAUGUAGCGAAUGUGUUUCCUCACAAAGGCUACAUCUGGAAUUAUGGAGCUAUUCCACAGACAUGGGAGGACCCAAACCACAAGGACAGCGACACAGGUUGCUGUGGAGACAAUGAUCCUAUUGAUAUAUGUGACAUAGGAAAUAAGGUGUGCUCUCGAGGAGAAAUAAUCCAAGUGAAGGUUUUGGGAACUCUGGCUUUGAUCGAUGAGGGUGAAACAGACUGGAAGGUCAUUGUGAUCAAUACUGAGGACCCCGAAGCGGCCGACUUCAACGACAUCGAUGAUGUAAGACGACUGAAGCCUGGAUACCUGGAAGCGACUGUUGAUUGGUUCAAAAGAUACAAAAUCCCAGACGGGAAACCAGAAAACCAGUUUGCUUUCAACGGAGAGUUCAAGGACAGGGACUUUGCCAUUAAAACCAUAAAGAGCACCAACGAGUUUUGGAAGGCGCUGAUAUCCAAGAGGACCAAUGCUGGCGAGUUAAAUUGCAUGAACACCAGUGUCUCAGAGAGUCCAUUCUGCUGCUCCGCUGGAGACGCACAAGCUGUGGUUGAGUCUACAAGCGCUUUUGGAGCCGAAGAUCCAAUUCCAAGCUCAGUCGAUACAUGGUACUACUAUGAGAAGUAGGAGGAUAAAUCCUCGGCUGAAAACGCCCUUCACGUCUUGCUCCCUCCAUCUGGUUUCAACACAUCAGAGGACCACACAAACUGGAUGGAUUGGUUCAUAUUUCAUGUUGCAUUUAAUUGAUUCUCUGUUUACACAGGACAUGUCUGAUGCCGUUUAAACGUGCUUGUUGUGUGAUUGUGAAAUAUUAGAUUUAAGACAUAUAGUAGUCACCUAUAAGUUCAGACUUGACAAAAAAUUACAAUAAACUACUCUA